AUGGGGGUCAAAACUGAUUUGCAACCCGAGUAUGGAGAAAGACGUACUCGUUUGCCUCCCGGGCCUUGGAAUUUGUCAAGAGCAGAGAAGAGAGAGGUUUGCAAUUCUUUCUAUGGUAUGAAGGUCCCUGAAGGUUAUUCUUCAAAUAUAAAAAAUCUUGUCUCUUUACAAGAUUCAAGACUUCUUGGCCUUAAAUCACAUGAUUGUCAUACCUUAAUGCAACAAUUGCUCCCUGUGGCAAUUCGUUCUGUUUUGGAGAAGCCUGCAAGAUAUAUGAAAGUGCUAAAGGGGUAUGUUCAGAAUCGUACUCGUCCCGAAGGUUGCAUUGCUGAGCGGUAUAUAGCUGAAGAAGCUGUAGAGUUUUGUACCGAGCAUUUAUCUGAUGUUAGUACAGUUGGAGUGCCUUCAAGCCAAAAGAUGGGAGUUUCAAAGCCAUUAUCAGGUUGCACAGUGAGCGUAGUUGAUCGGGACCUGUUGAACCAAGCACAUCUAUAUGUCUUGGAGAAUACGGAGGAAGUCCUACCUUAUAUCGAGCAACAUAUGAUCCACAUCCAGACCGCUUAUCCAAAAUUUAGAAAGAGAACAAAGUGGCUGCAGGAUAAGCACAAUAGCACUUUCAUUCAAUGGCUACGCUUGAAGGUUCAAAGUGAACUUAAUGAGGACAAUCAUGGCGUAUCAGAAAAUUUAAGGUGGCUAGCAGCUGGUCCAAACAUGGCAGUGCCAUUAUAUAGGAGCUAUCUCAUUAAAGGUAUUAAAUUCAACAUCAAGGCACAAGAUGAUGUGCGGACAACUCAAAAUAGUGGAGUUUAUUUACUUGCACAUACUAUGCAAGUUGCUAGUGCCAAGGAUAAAAACCCAAUUCUCUCAAAUAUGGGUUUCUAUGGUGUCAUUCAAGAAAUUUGGGACCUUGACUACCAAAAGUUUACAAUCCCAGUCUUUAGGUGUGAUUGGAUUGAUAAUACUUCUGGUCUUGUAGUGGACGAACUUGGAUUUACCCUUGUAGAUUUGAGUAAAAUUGGACAUAGGAAUGACCAAUUUGUUUUGGCUUCUCAAGUCAAACAAGUAUUUUUUGUUGACGACCCGAUGCAUCGUGGUUGGUCGGUAGUGUUAUCAAUGCCUAAUAGAGAAUAUAAUGAUGUUAUUGGUGAUGAUGUCUUAGGUGAUGUGAGAAUUGAGUGUGAGCCAUUUACUAGGGGGAUGCCAAAUGUUGACACAUUUGAUGAAGUGGUGGUUGAGUUAGGGAGUCAAAAUAUUCGAGAUGGGUGUGAAGAUAUAUGGGUUGAAUGA